AUGUCUGCCGCUAAGUGCCACAGCCGCCGCAUGGAAGCCUGCAUUCCGCUCCAGGGAGCUCAAGUGACCGUGGAAGGGACUCCAGUCAGAAAGACUUCAGCGGACUCGUCCGCCUCCCACAGCAGCCGCUCGAAAACCUGCACUGGGCUCCAGGGAGCUCCGCUGGCCGUGCGAGGAACUCCAGGAAGUGAACUCCACGACACACGAUCUGCGGACUCGCCUGCUUCCAACAGCAGUCGCAUGAAGACGUGCAUUGCACUCCAGGGAGCGGCAGUGGUUGAGGAAGGGAUUCCAGUCAGAACGUCUUCAGUGAGGGAACCCCAUGGCAGACGGUCAGCGGACUCGCCUGCCUCCCGCAGCAGCAGUCGCAUGAAGACGUGCAUUGCGCUCCAGCGAGCGCCAGUGGGCGUAGGAGCUGGCCCAGUGAGAGGGACUCAUGUGGGAGGCAUCCAUGUGAGAGGGACUCAUGUGGGAGGCAUCCCUGUGAGAGGUACUCCAGAGGGAGGCGCUCCAGUAAGAGAGCUCCACGCCACGCCAUCAGCGGACUCGCCCGGCUCCCACAUUGCGCGGAUUGAGCGCCAUGGGCAGCAGCACACGGCGUGGCUCUCACGGCACGGCAUGAGGAGGAAUGAGCCUGCCAUUCACUGCCUAUCGGCUGCUGUCUUCCCCACCAACUUUGCCCCUAGAGCUGGAACCAAAGGCUCCCCUCCCAAUCCCAAUCGCACACGCAUGCAGCAGGCUCUCUUUGCCCCCGCCAUCCCAAUUGGAGCACCGCAGCAGGAGGCCCAUGAUAAUGCCUCAAUGCUCCAGCAAUGUGCUGUCUUUCCCUCCAGCGCUGCCCCUGUUUUUGAGGCACCUCAGAAGUCAACGCUCCAGGUCCAGCAAUGUGCUGUCUUUCCCUCCAGUGUUGCCCCUGGAACCGGGUCCCCGGAUUCCCCUUCACCCUGCACGCGCAUGGUGCCUCUCUUUCCCAUUCAGAGCCGAGAGGGAGCAGAGGGUCCCGAUAACGUCUCAGUGCCCCAGCAAUGUGCUGUCUUCCCCUCCACCAUUGCCCCUGAAGCUGGAACUGGAACCAAGGGGCCUGCUCUUCCUACAAGCUCUCAUGACACAGCAGACCCAUGUCCGCCUGGCAACACACACGAUGCUCAGGCCCAUAAUGGGCCAGCAGUGCUGCCACAAUCAGAGCAGCGAGGCGCGUUCUUUUCCAACACAGCUGUCUUCCCUGUGGCCUUCGCUCAGGCGAUUUUCGAGUCUACUGAAAAACAAGCCCAUAAUGGGCCAGCAGCGCUGCUACAACCAGACCAGCAAGACGCUUUUCAUUCCAACACAGCUGUUUUCCCCGUGGCUUUCGCUCAGCCCACAGAGCGGUGUGCCUUUCCGUCGUUCACAUGCCUCUUGAAAUCCAUCUCGCCCUCCUGGCAACAGGAAUGCCUGACCCUGACCCCAGAAGCUGUUGCUGCGGGUAGAAAGGGACUAUCGAGUGUGCAGCUGCAGCAACAGCUGCUUCAGCUUCGACAACAGGAGCGACGGCAGCUUCAGCAGCAGCAGCAGCAGCAGCAGCAGAGAGAUUCUGAGGUUCAUGUUGAUGCCGCUGCAUGGGAGUCUGAUUGCACUGCUGGCAGUGCCCCUUCUGGUUCCAGUGAGGCAUGUGUGCUGCAUUCCCCGUCAGCGAGCUCUGAUGGCACAGGGCAAUUGGAGACCAGGCUGGAGAUGCUGGCGAGGCUGGCGAGGCAGGAGAGGCAUGCAAGGCAGGAGGGGCAGGCGGGGGAAGAGAAGGAAGAGAGAGAAAAUGAGGAAGGGGGCUGGAUCAGCAAUGCUGGAGAUUAUGAGAGGUCGACUGCAGGGAAGCAACUGACUGAGAUGCGCAGAGGCUGCAAUGAGCUGUCGUACAUAUGGGCCGCCUCUGAAGAUUGUGACGAGGGGGAGCUACUAGACACUGCAUCCUCGUUAUUGAGCAUCCAUGGAACAUUUCGGACGUAG